AUGCUGUGCUUCUCUGCCCUCACCCUAGUGGCCCUCGCGGUCACAGCUCGGGCUUAUCCCCCCGCCCACAACCAAACCGAUCUAGAAACCCUCUUUCGACCGGUGCUGUCCUCCGCCGCUCAAAUCAUUUACCCCUCCUGGGCUAACUGGACCGACGAGGUCCAGCAGCGGUGGUCGUCGUACCAGGCGCCGACGUAUACAGGCGCUAUCAAAGUAGCUACCGUGUCGGACAUCCAGCAUAUUAUCAAACUGGCCGCGCAGCAUGACAUCCCCUUCCUCGUGACGGGGGCAGGCCAUGGUGUCUCGGCGACGUUGGAGACGAUGCGCGACGGCAUCAACAUCGACCUCAGCAACUUGCGGUAUGCGCGGCUAGACGAGACAGGCAAUCGCCUCACGAUCGGCGGCGGAACUAAGUUUCAGGAGAUGUGGGAUGUGCUGUAUGCCGCUGGCAAGGAAAUUCAAACCGGCGCCGCGCAAUGCGUAGGCAGUAUCGGAGCGACGCUCGGCGCAGGGAUCGGACCGCUCCAGGGCCACAGGGGGCUGAUGAUCGACGCGCUGGAGGGCGUGACGCUGGUGACGGCGGAGGGGGAGGUGGUGCGGGCGUCGCGGACAGAGAACGCGGAGCUGUUCUGGGGCUUGCGCGGAGCGGGGUGGAACUUCGGGGUGGUGGUCGAGGCGAGUUACACAGUGUACGAGGCGACGAACAGCGGGCAGGUGCUGGAGGGCGACAUGCUGUUCCCGGCCAGCGCGAACCGCAGCGUGUGGGAGACGCUGCGGUCGUUUGAUGAUGGCGAGGACGGGCUGCCGGCUCUCCUGGCGUUGACGGUAAUUCUGUCGUAUAAUGUCAAGUUGGAUAUGCCUACGAUCCUCGUCAACUUCAUCUACUACGGCCCCGCAGCCAACGCAGAGCCCUACAUCCAACGCUUCCGCGCCCUGCAGCCCCUCCGCGAACGCUUCAACCCCGUCCUCCCCUGGAACAAGCUCUACACGAAGCUCUUCUUCAGCGAAGAUGCCUCACCCUGCGCCCACGACCUACGCCUCAUCUACGGCGGCGCAGGCCUGAAGCGCACAGACGUCGCCACCUUCGAAUCCUACACGAACUACUUCGCCUCUUUCGCGCGGACCUACAAAGACCGGAUCUCGGCGUCGGCGGUCUUCUCGCGCUUCCCCACGCAGGCUGUGAAGUCCGCUGCCGGGCAAGACGAGAUGGCGUACGCGUUCCGCGACAUCGAGACGCACGUGCUCUUCAAGGCGACGUUCGUGGACGAGGACCCCGAUGCCGAGCACGGGGUCAAUGCGUGGGUGGUUGAGAGUCGGGAGCGGUUUGCGCGCACGAGUGGCUUCCCUGACGGCGAGCUGGUGCUGUAUAAUAACUAUGCACAUGGCGAUGAGGGCGCGGCGGUUUUGUAUGGGAAGAGUAAUUUGGUGCGCUUGGCGGCGUUAAAACGGCGGUGGGAUCCCUUCGAGCGGUUUAGCACGUAUCAUCCUGUUCCUUUGGCGUAUGGGUUGGAGAAUUGGAGGGUAUAGUGCAUAACACGGAAACACUUACGUGCUGGAUUCUAUACUAGUCAUGCGUUCCGGGGGUUCUCCCCGGAACACUCAUAUGAUGGUUGUGAGGCUUCAUGGAGUUUGGAGGCAUAAAGGUUGUUCUUUGGGUUUGUUACAGCUGCAAUCUUACGGGUGAUUCGGAGUUAGUGCUUGCUU